UUUUCUUGAGAAGAUUUAGAUUCAGCGUGGGGCUGAAGUCACAGGCAAACAAUCGAAAAACAAAAAGAGAAUUAAGUUUUGUUCGGCGUACCAUUAACGACUGUCGUUUUGUUUUUGUUUCCAAUAGUUCAAUGUGCAAUAGUUAAAAAAACCACUGCUACCAAUCAAGUGCUUUUAUAUCUCUUAAAAUUUUUAAGCCACUUGUAUUUUUCAUAGGGUGUUAUAUAACUUCUAGAUGGGGGAAAAUAUACCUGCUAAAAUACCAGCAUUUCCUCUCCAUCUUCACGAGGCGUUUUGGUAUUUUCAGAUGAUCGCGGGCGCCUGAGAAGUGUGCGCCGAUAAAUUGGUGCUUUCCCCGAAAAAGUGACCAAUAGCAGUCUAACUGCGGCGAAGACAGGUCUAAUUUCACCAUAUCCGACAUGGCAGAGGCUCAAGGCAUCGGCCCGGUAACCCGGACCGCCCGCGAAGUGCAGCAAAACUUUGCCGAAUCCCUCGGCUUUGCGGAGGAGAUCAUCUGGGAUCUGCUAUCCCAAGAGCAAUCGGGAAUACUGAAAAACAAGCUCAAGGAGCUGAUCCGCGAUCCCAAGCCGCCCGGCGGAGGCUCGCUGGCCGACGAGAAUAAACACCUAAAGAUCAUCGCCGAAAAUAAGAUAGCGCGCGAAAUCAUCUUCAAUGCCGUGUGGGAGCAGCGAAAAUACACCAAUCGGCAGUCGCUGACGUCAAUCAUCUACGUGAUGGUGGUCGACGGCAUUGACGAUGUGAAUCGCGCCGAGGACAGCGUGAAGUUCUCCUGCCAUCCGGUUUUCCGUUGCCGCCGCUGUCUCCAUAGCAGCACUGGCACUAGCAGCGAUAGCUCCAAUUGCUGCAACGUAUUCGUGGAUGACAACGGACGCGUCUACCAGAACUGGGAACAAUAUGUGGCCAGCAAUGAGCUGCCCGCCGGUGUAAUGGUGGCCCCUGAGCGGGGAAUUUACCGCGUUGUCAGGGAUCAGGUGCGCCUGGACAAGUAUGUAACGCCGGCGGGCAGCACCAACAGAAAGGUGCUUGGGUAUCUAGACACGGGAUCAGCUGUGGGAGGCUUUGCCGCAGCCUGCAUCCCAAUCGCAGGACUUCUCACGCUCCCCGUGUCUGCUCCGGCGAUGGCUAUAGCAGGAGUCAUGGGCCUAGCCUGUGCCGGCUACGCCACGGCCCGUUCGGGCGCCAGGUUGGUGGAUCGCAGCCAGCAUGAGCAGUCGAUCAGUGUGGCAGACCGCGAGGCGCGCGGCCAUUGGCUGGGCGUGGUCGCAGGUGGUGUUGGGGUGGCAGCAGCAGGCGCCACCCAAGCCGUGUCGGCGGCUACGAACGCCGGGCGGGAGGUGGGGGCGAUUGCCCAAAUGACGGUGAACGGCAUGAACAUAUCCUCGAUCGUCAUCUCGGGCACUGGAGUGGCCAACGGAGUGCUGGACUUGAUACUGAAAAUGCAAGAUGGCGAUGACAUCAGCGCCAUGGACGUGCUGCAGUUGUCCGCUUCGUUGGUGCUAUUCACACACAGCGUCUACAAUUUCAAGCUGGCCUCGACCAUUAUCAACGAGACGGCCAACAGGAAUAUAGCGGGCUAUCGGGACACACUCAGCAAUCGCCAGAGGCGCGCCUUUGACAAGGCCUCCAAGGAAACUGUCCGACUGCGAGGCAACACGCGCGGCAAGCUGGACAUCAUUCGCAACGUGAACGAGGUGCCCUCGAGGCAGCAGUUUAAUGACCUCUACAAGAUCAAUAAGAACAUGAACCAGGAGGGCGUGCGUUACGCAUUCGCACCAGAAGGAAAUGGCUUCGUGCUUAACGGUGAGGUGCAGACGUCGGCGUCGGAUUUGCGAGCGAGUGUACAGCACAACCAGGGCCCAAAUAUACUGGGCCAGGUGUCUCAGCCGAUCCCCUCAAGUCAUGCCGGCUCAGGCAAUUUGCAGCUUGAUGGCCUAAAUCAGGUUUCCCGCCUGAUUGGACCCCUGCCGACGGCCACUCCGCGCCCGGAGCCGGCCACCUAUGCAGUCGGCGUGUUCGUCUUGGAGCUCAGCUCCGUGAUGGUGGGCGGCGUGGUGUUUGUGCUGGAGAAAUACGGACGCAUCAUCUUCGAGCACGUGGUCAACGCCGAGAGCUUCGAGAACCUGAUUAGCAGCAUGGCCGACAAUCUGGAGCCAGAAGUUUUCGACCUAAUUAUGAAGCUGACAAGGACCUUUAUGGACACCAUGCUGGACGAAUUGACCACAGUGUUGAAGUUCUAUAUUUCAACUGAAUCAGUACUGUUCCGCAUUUUGGACCAGGUGAUGAGAAAAUUCCGCCAUAUGACCUGCAAGGAGUUGGAGAUCCGCACCGGGGACAUCUUCAUGGCUGUGAAGCGUUACUUUAUGUCCCUUAACCCGAACGCGUAUCUUGGUCUCCUCGAGAAGUGCAAGGUCUGUGAGGGCUACUUCACGAUUACGCCGUUGUAGAUUUCCAAUCAAUGGAUAAGAGCGAGAGUGAUAAUUGGUGCCUUAUCUUAAUAACAAAAAACAUAUUUAAAAUACUGACAUUUUUGUAAAAAGCAUUUGUGGAUUUAAUCAAAUCUAGCUAAGAACUUUUCUCAAAAUAUGAGUGAGCACAAACUUGACAUUAACACAAAUAAAAUAUUUGUUUUAAAUAAUAAUAAACUGCAAGACA